GCAGUAUGUGAACGUUGUCCGAGUCAGCAAACUUCUCCGUAUGUGUGGCUCCUGCGUCUUCCAGCCAACGCUAACACAAGAGUACCGACAGCAAAGGCUGUCAUUGGCGGAGAAUGGCGCGCCAUAUGUCCAGGCACAGCGGUAAAAUAUUCAACAUGGUGGCUGCAGGUGUGAGCUGUGAUGCCUGUGGAAAGGGAGGGUUCUCGGGUAAGCGGUUCAAGUGUCUGCUCUGCUACGACUUUGACCUGUGCUCCGACUGUCACGAGGCCGGCGAGACUGGCUCGGGGAGACACAGCACCUCCCACCCCAUGCAGUGCAUCCUCACUAGAGUGGAUGCCGACCUGUACUAUGGUGGUGAGAGUCACAGUGUGGAGACCCCGUUGUCCUUCACGUGCCCGCUGUGUGCUCAACUCGGGUUCUCCGAGGCCCAGCUGCGGGACCACGUGACCAAGCAGCACGGGGAGUCCGCCAGCGCUCAGGAGGUCAUCUGCCCCGUGUGUGCCUCUCACCCGAGCGGGGACCCCAAUCACCUCACAGACGACUUCCUCAGCCACCUCACCAUGGAACACCGCCCGCCCAGAGACUAUGAGCUAGUCAUAUCCUCUCUCACUCCUUAG